AUGAGAGAUUUCAUGGCCUCGCAAAACAAGAAUCGACAGCCAUGGCUGAUUUCAAUUGGCCUCAAUGGAUUGGAUGAGCGAUGGGUUGUGGCAAGCACCCAAGCAUUGAAUCACUUCGACACUGCCUGGUUCGGUGCUUUGUCGUUUGGCGUUUUGUCUCCUACAAUCAGGCACCCUUUCCUCCAGUUGCAGGGGGACAUCAAUGGAAAAGGAGCUUCUUUACAGGCUGACAAUGCGUACGAGGCCAAAUCGCUCAUUCCAGAGGAUGAACUGGAGGAGGAGUGCCCUGCUUGGCGCCGCAGAUUUGACAUUGCACAUCUUCUCCUUGACGGGUUGGAUUUGCAGCCAGGUCUCCCUUUGCAUCUUACAAACAGCCACUGCAAGAGCGGCCUCGCGUUCCAAAGGACCCGAAGGGGCAUUGAAGUGGACUGGAUUGCUGAUGGCCUGCCCAUUCACAUCAAAGCAGCAAUGUUUAUGAACUUCUGCUGCGCCGGGAUGCUUGCAGUUGUGGUGCUUGCGGCUGCUCGGACUAUCAUGUUGCCAUUUCUGCACAAACGGCUUUCGGAGAAGCGAGCUGCACUUCGUGCGUCCCAGCGACUGCAAGUGGGAGUUGUGGAGGAGAUGGACAUCAGCGCCUACUUCGAACACUACCCUGUCCGUGGUAUUCAGUUGACCUGGUCCAAGCGUCAGGCAGCACAAGGGGCCUCAACCUACAUCAUUCGACUGACAUCGCUGUCUGGGACAUCUCCACCACCCCUGCAAGUGUCUGCGGGAGAGACAGAAGUCCGUGGAAAAACCUGUAGCUUCUUCCUCUCGCUCGACCGUGCUCACAUCACCUAUUCCCGAGAUGACUUUAGCUGCCGUGUGGUUGCUAUGUCCAGAGCGACCCAGGAGCUUGACGCCACUGGUUGGUCCACCCCCGUGAGGAUUGAGCCCAUUGAUGCUGCAGCGUCUCUUCCGUUCAAGAUUCUUGCAGCUUUGGCGCCUAGGAUUGAAGCUUCCACUCUCAGCUUUCCAGCUUUUGUGCACCAAGCCUGUUGCAAGUACACACCUCCCGCCCUCACCUUGGUGUUGGAGAAGAUGCACGUCAUUUGCGACCGCGAAGAUGUUGUUGAGGACUUCCACGUUGAGCUCUUCUUCGGGAAGGCGCGCGAGGCGUCUGAGCGGGCUACACUUAGUCAAGAAGAAGAAUCGUUUGCUUCGACCAGGACCCUUGGAACAGAGGAGAUGAGCUCCAUCCCCAGAGCAAGAGGAUGGACGAAGGAAGAUGCCAAAGAUUUCUUCGGCAUAGACAUUUGCCCCGACAGUCCCAUUCGUUUGACACCACCUUUCCGUGAUGGCAUGCGCAGUGGUUCAUUGCUACACAUCCAUUUGGUGGCAAGCGCAGCCAGACGGUUACUGGCGACUGGCCAGGCUGAGUGGAGCGAUUUGCAGGAUGCGUAUGAACGAACUCGUCCAGGCCUCGACUUUACGACGGAGGUGGAUUUGGUGGAUGUUGACGGCGACUCCAUUGGAGUACUGUGUUUGAAGCCAGACUUCAGCAGUCGGAUGUUGGACGAAUUCCGGAAAACUGCGAAACCAACUCAGAAGAGGGUGUGGUUCAAGGAUGACGUCCCAGGUGAUGUAUAUCCGCAAGGCAUGGACCGUUUCAUUGUUUGGGAAACGGACGAUGAAGAGGAUGAAAUAUGUGGUUCCGGUUCCUGUGAUUUGUAUUUGGAGCAAGUGGGCAUUGAGGAGCCAAAGCUGAUUGUGGAGGAUGUGCGCUUUUCAUCAGAGACGUUUCCUUGGGUUGUGGACGCUGAAUUUUCAAAUGAGCCGCAUACUUGCUGCCGCAUUCUCAUGGUAGAUCAUACUCAAGCAAAAUCCACUGAAUCGAUUGGAGAAGGAGGAGUUCUUUGCACGUCAAAUUGGUUCUUCGUUAUUCAGACUCUAACACUGACCCACCUGGAACGGGCGUACGGCGCCUUUUGCCGCAUGAACAACAUGGAAAUGGGUGGCAUCAACUCCCAGUCCCUUCUUGCGGUUGGGAUCCAGUCCCGGCAGGUGAGCGUCAGAGGUUGCUUAGGGUUGAGACGCACCUUUGCAUUUGAGUCGGCGAAGGAAGAUCUUAUUCAAUGCUCGGGAGGCUUGCUCCUGACGGGGAUCUCCCAUACUGCAGAGGACAACCGCUACAGACUGAGAUCCCACAAAGCAGUCAUUGUAGAGGGACUUCGCUUGCUGGAUAGCCGGAGCUGCUGGUACGAGGACCAGAUGCUGUCUGAAGGGCUUGAUGCAUGCUUGCAUAUGCGUCAGGCGCUGGAGAGAUCUGGCUCCUUGCAUUCACUGUCAGCUCUGGGAUUUGCUUUCGCCAUCGUCAUGAUGUCAUAUCAACUUGUGUGUUUCUUCGCGUUUCCAGCAAUGGCGGUGGUUUUCCUGCAGGUCUUGGAGGGUUCCCGAGUUGAAACGGCGGCGUCAGACCUCCUGCAAGCUUCGCAACUGGCAAUGCAUCCGGAAGACAUCGGAGCGAUACCAGCAUUUGCCAAAGUCGUGUGUGUCUCAUACGUGGUGAUUUCUCUUGCGUGUGCUACAACUGCAAAUGUGUGCCCGCAUGCGCCAGGUGUGAUCACACACUGGGCAGACAAAGUCUUGACAAUUCUCUCUUUGUGCGCAUCUGCCGUGAUGCUUUUAAUGCUCUUUGUAAUGUUGCUGUUCUUCUUGAUUGGAGCAUUGUUGAGCCCUUCUACCGCACUCAAGCCAUUGAUCGUUCUUGGUGCUUCUGCCACUGUGGUGGUAAACAUGUGGAUGCAAUUCUCAAGCCUCACGCGUGGGCUGGUCCAUGUUGUCGAGGAGCAAGUUAAUAGUGUCUUUACCGACGUCCUGGAGAACAUGUUGGGUCGCCUGGAGGAUGAUCCUGAAGCCACUUCAUAUGAUCAGUCAGACUUGGACUUUGCCUUCAGGAAAGCAGAUUAUCGCUUCCGGGGGCUGGACGCAGAAGGUGAACCCAUGAAUCCACCUUCUACCGGACUCUUCAAAUGCAUCAAGGAAGAUCACGACAUCAUCAUAGAUGUUCGAGACAAAGUUGCCGCCACGAAGACCGGGCGAUCAGAAGAUGAGGAGGAACAUGAAGUCGAGAUGGUGUCCAGUGAGCGGGCUGAGCAGCUCAAAAAGCUAUAUCAGCAUUAUCUUGCAAAGACGAGCUUGGAUGAUGUAUUGGAAUGGCGCAUAUUUGAAGAGACUGAUGCACUCACAGAUAUCAUGCUGCGGGAGCACAACAUGAGACUUCAGCUCCUUGACUUCAGUGGGAUCGUGUCGGCGGAGAAAGAGACCCGAAAAGGCGCCAAAGACGAUUCCAAGAAGCAGCUUCCCAAAGCAUACCUUAUCCACAAGUCCAUCUUCCGUGACGGCUUCGAUCAGAUGGCUCAGAUGAUAGUGCAGUGGGCUGAUCCGAUGUUUCAGUGGGACGGUAUCGUGGAGAAGGUAACAAACUUCUUUGACGAUGCGGUGCCAAAGUUCAUUUGCAGCUGCGCUGUGUCCAGCUUUGAUGCAAAUCGAAUGGGCAGUGUCGCCCAGAAGGUCUUGGCAAAGGUAGCACACUACGUCGAGACGAGCAUCAAGGAGGAACCUGCCAAGACCAUGAAACUCACUGAUCUCAUGACGGCGCUCAAAGAAGAGAGCGGCUGGGCUUCAGGCCUUUUGUUUUCCAAAGGAAAUUUUGCAUUUGUUGAGAAGCAGGCAUGGUCUUUUCUGCGUGAUCAAGUGAAACGAGUGAUGCCAAACAGCAAAUCAAGCAAUACCAUUCCAGUCUACAAACUGGUGGCAGUGUUUGAGAAGCUGAUCGAGGGACGCGUUUGGUGGUCAGCACUUAGCCCAUUCUUGAAGGAAGAAUGUGGGUUUAUGGAUGCAGAGAUUGAUGAGGGUGACUUAGCAAAAGCAUUUAUGAAUACUUCGAAAGGCUGUGGUUUCAUGGACUUUCAGGACAUUCCAGACGUCCUAAUGUGGAUGACCGAUGGUGGCUUGUGGAAGGCCGCGGCAGUGGCUUUGUUGCGUGAAAUCGGUGUGGCAGGAGAACUAGGCAACGAAAGCCUAGGCACUGCCCAGGAUGAGAAAUCUCGAGUCGAUGACGAAUGGAACCCACCAAAGUGGCCUCCUUGGAUCUUGGGCCGUUGGCAGGAUGCCACCGAUGAGAAGCCUAACCCAGCGGCUGGGCAGGCCGGCUUCUUGCAGAAGUCAGAUGUCCCAGGUUUGAUCGAGGAUUUGCUCCUCGACAUAGCGAAGGACCGUAUCAAGAAAGACGAUGACCUUCAGCAUUUGGAAGACCUGCGCGGCUACCCAGAUUGGAAGUACAAGCCAAUGGACGAAGUGCAGGGCUGCCCAGCAGAGAUGUGGAAGUACAUUGAUGAUACUCAUUUGGCCAAGCUUCGCGGUAUUCCAUGGGAAGCAUUUGACUUCAUCCUUUCAAAGUUUGACAUGGACAUGCCCGAACCAGCAUCUCGCAAGAUCUUCAGCAGCGCCAAUGAGAUUGCUAAAGCAGCCUUGCGAGAAGGCUUUAUCCAGCCGCCUCAAGUCUUAAGCAUCAUCAUGCACAUACAAACAAAGCAUCGCCCGAUUUCGUUGGCUGGAUUUGGCAAGCUGCUGUCAAAGGCUGGUAUCACCUUACCCAAGCAAGUGAUUCAGAGCAUUUUUGGUCAGCUUGCUGACAUCACGUUGAAGACGGGUGAGGAAAGCUUUGUGUGUGAAGAUUUGGUCGAUUUGGAGGAAUUGGGGCCGCUUGUGGAGAGGUAUCUCUCUGGCGGAAUGUGGCUAGAAGCACUCUACGGGGUCCUGCAGAACGAAGAGAUUGAGGCGAGCUUCAUGGAAGUGUCCAGGCAUUUUGCAGCAAUUGACAAGCAGGGUAUUGGAAUCCUCAAGCCCAGUGAAGUUAUCAAAUUGAUGAUGUCGCUUCAGAGAACUGGCAUUUCCUACCAAACAUUUGCCGACAUGAUUCUGAAGGAUAUGAAAUUCUCUGUCAGUGACAGCAAUGUACGAAUUCUAUUCAACAUGGUCGACAGGUCCGGCAAUGGGAGCAUCUCUAAGCUGGAGUUCAUGGAGGGCUUCAAAGAAUUGGUGCGAGGCAUACUGCCAAAUUUGAUUCUCAGUUCCCUUUCAUUGCUACCGGAGCAGAUCGCCAACCACAUUCUGAGCACUUUGGUGUUUCUUUUGUUGUUGUUCACUUUCCUGUUCACUUCCAUGGAGGCACUGGCCCCUUCCUCAGAAGACCUGGACUACAUGGGAGCAAUUCAAGCCGCAGUGGCGGGUAUGGCUGCUCUGGGUGUGCGAGCGCAGAGCACUAGCGGCAUGGACGCCCAAAGCAUCAAGGAAGCGAUCGCGGCUCGCCUUAGCCAGCUGCUGCCAGGUCAGAAAAGGCGUUGA